ACUGAAACAUUUUAUCAAAAUUACCGAAAGAAAGGGAUUCUGAAACGUUCAGCUGUCGUGGCAGACGUAAACAAGAGACCCCUGUUCGUCUGUCAAAAGUCAAGCAAGAGGAUGGGGCUUUUUAAUUUUGAUGUUAGAAGAUUUGACAUUUACCGUAAGGUACCAAAGGAUUUAACACAGCCGACUUUAACAGGUGCAGUAAUUAGCAUAUGCUGCAUUCUGUUUAUGCUUUUACUCUUCACUUCAGAACUGAUACAUUUCUUAUCAGGAGAGAUUGUUUCUGACCUUUAUGUAGACAAUCCAGGAGUGUCAACAGAAAGGAUACCAGUGUACAUCAAGAUAUCUUUGCCACGUUUAAAAUGUGACCAUAUUGGUUUAGACAUCCAAGAUGAUCUGGCCGUCACGAAGUGGGAUUUGUUUGAAAACACAGUUAAAAAUCCAUUAGGUGAUGAUGGCUGCAUUUUGAAGCAAAUUUCUUGAUUAACAAAGU